UGGUUCGGAAGGUUUGGUUAAUUUUAGUUUCCACUAUUGUUUUCUUUUAUUUUAAACCCUCUUUGACAGAGCUCGGUUAGUAUCCAAGUUUUUUGGGAUGUGUUAGUGACUAACUGCAUCGUUAAAUAUGUCAAUAUUGAAAUAGUUUAGAAACUGAAUAAUAAUUUCAGUUCACGUUGAAUUUGUUGAUAAUUAUUUCAAUAGUGUUGUGAUGAAAAAUGAGUAUUUAAACAACUGAAAACCAAACUCCAAACAUUUGAAAGGACUAUAAUAAUUCAAGUGAUAACGGCUCGACUGAGAAACCUUGUGAAGUUUGCCUUAAUAACUUUGAGGAAAUAAUUGAAUCAUUUUUAAUAGUAAACUGUGAUGCGUGAGUGAGUGAUAAUAUGGAAUCGCCAGUAAUGUACGAGGCUGCACACCAGACCCAGGGUCCGGGUGCGCCGGAGCUCAAGAAACCUAUAGUUCUCACAAAUAACAAUAAUAGUAAUAAUAACAAUAACUCAGCACUCCAAGUCAAUCACAAUCAACAGACCAGUGUCGCAGUAAGCAAAGUGUCAGCGAGUAAAGCUACGUUGCACCAGCAGUAUGCUGAACAUUGUGCAGCAGCGGGGGAACUAACGGAUCUCAACACACCGGAAAUAUCGUUAGAUCUGCAACAUCUCAUCGAUGAUUCUCACUUCAAUGAUGGUCUCCUAGAUAUGCUCGGUGGUGGUAAUGGUGGAGUUAAACAGGGAAGGACGACGGGAUACCCAAGGACGACUCUGGCAUAUAUGCCUCAACCUGUACACAGUGGUGCGAGUUAUCAUCAGGGUAGUAACAGUUGUAGUGACAGCAACAGUUCAACUUCUGAAUCACCUAGUAUCAAAGAAGAACCAGUCGAUCCAGCUGAUUACAGACGUCACUGUCCGCAAUAUCCAACCGGAGGUUACAGUCCUGCUAAUGGACCUUUCGCCAAUGGGGGACCUACCUUUACAAACCUCACACCAUCUACUGCACCAGGCGGUCACUCUGUGCAUCAUCAGCAUCCCCAACAACCUCAAAAUCAUCAGCAACCGCAGAGGGGACCUAUGAAACCUGUAAUGUCACAUCAACACCAGGCAGCUGCUGCCGCUGCUGCUGCCGCUGUUGCUAGGAAACAAUCCAAAUCAGUGGAUAAGGCUAGCGAUGAGUACAGAAGGCGACGUGAAAGAAAUAAUAUUGCAGUUAGGAAAAGUCGGGAAAAAGCAAAGGUACGAUCGCGUGAAACUGAAGAAAAAGUGAAAUUACUUGUCAAGGAUAAUGAUCUGCUUAAGAAAAGGAUUGAACUGCUUACGGAGGAGCUCAAUGUGCUCAGGUCACUGUUCAGCAGCGUUGGUGUUGUCCCCGAACAGCUGCACCGUGAAAUAUCAAGGCAUUUGGAUCAGUUUCAGCAGCAUGCGGUUGGACCGAUGUAGCAUCCGUAACAUCGUGCUUUUUCAGAUCGUGGAAGAAGAUUCUUCUCUCUUCGUUUUGUUGUUUAUAGAGGACUAUAGUUGUGUCGACCUUCAUGAAAUUAUUAACAGAUACAUAUUUGGCGGUUAAAGAUGCUGGUAAUGUGUGCAUCUUUCGAGCCAGAUCGAUUUUUCAAAGAUCGGAAUUUGAUGAUUGAACGAAUUAUUCGAGGUAGAUUCUCCGAAUGGGUAAAGUGAGAGAAGGAGAAAGUGGCUUCCUCCGAGGUCAGCGGGAAGGUAAAAUAUAAAUCACUUCAUAUUCUUUGUGUUACGAGGCUCGAUACACUACGAUUCUAACCUCGCUUCACUCAGCUAGAUCGCCGUUUUCGGGCCCGUAAUAUAAAAUGGUUAACAUCAUACGAUUUACAAAGUAUUUUCUAACGAAUGUGAGCUUUUAAUCCAAGUCCAGUGCGAGGAUUAUAUUCACAUUCAUCAGGAAAUACUUUGUGGACCUAAUGAUGAAAUCCACUAUUUCUGUAAAUUUUAGAAUUUAAUUUGGGGGGAUUGUUUUUCCCUGUGACAGCUAUGUUUUGAUCUCCUGCUCAAGACUCUGUUAAGAUUCAUUUUCGAAAUGAUGGAUAUGAGAUGAGUUUUUUUUCCCUGUGUAAUUUUGAUUAUCUCUGGUAUUUUUGUGAAAAAAAAUGAUCAUAGCUUAAGACUGGAAAUACGGUUUUUUGAACCCGUGCAAUGAAAAAUAUGACAGAAAGUGUAAGUAAUACAGAGAAAAAACGGAGAUUUUUAAUAAAAACAUUGUGAAAAGCAUCUUGAAAUAGGUAUAUAUUCUUUGGUAGGUGGCGCAUAAAGUCUCUCCAUAGAUUUAUACAUUGUUUCGCAUGACGUUGUGAUUAGAUACGGUGUGUAAUAGAUUAUAAUCGUGUAAAUUAAUUAAUUAGCGUAUCGCUCUUGUACCUAAGUAACUCGUGGCAUACCGAGAUACCAUAAUUACCACGCACUGUAUUGAUUUAAUCCAUCGAUAUCGACAUGUUAUUUUUCUCGGCGAAUGAACAAGAAAGGAAAAAAAAUGACUAAGCAGAACAAUUGUGAGAAGAGUUCAAUGAAUUACGGUAACUUGCGUUAAUGAAAGGGAUGUGUGCGAUAGGGAAAACCGAAAAGGAAACAAAUUACCCAAAACACAUACACACUCUCGUAUUACAGUUAACUUGAAUUUACAUUAAUGAUUAAGGAAAAUUAUCGUCAUUGUAAGUAAAAAUUAAUAUAUUUUGUUUAGAUAACAUGCAAAGAGCGAGAGAGAGAGAGAGAGAAUAUAUAUGUAUUAAUUAAUUUGUUCAUUCAAGGAAAUGACAAAAUCACAGAAAUUGUUAUGGAAUCAUUUUCAAAAUCGUUCAUUAUAUUCCAAUGCUGACAGUCACUACAGGUCACUCUUCUGUAUUUUAAGUUACCGUUCGAGAAAACUAGUAAAAAAGAUGGAUAAAAUGUUUGAAGCGGGCUUCAUCUAUUUUAUUGUUCGUUUGUUGAUCAUUCUGUUGUAUAGACGCAGCAAGUUCCCUCUCCUUCAUAUAUUUUUUCUAUAGUUUCUAGUAAGCAAGCCACUUAUAGACACCUAAAAUUUUCAAAAAAUCAAAACGGUUUCAUUCUGAUCAUUGACGACCGAUGGCAAAUUAAUUACUAAAACAGUGUACACGCGUUUUCAGAUGUAUCAUGACAAUUGGAUUCGUCACGAUUAUGAUUUAUUUUUUAGUUUUUUUCUUUGCCUCUGCGCACAGUGUAACUGGCAAGCACGAGAUUGUACGGGUAUGAAUGUACAUUGAAUUGUUAACAGCGUUCAACGUGAACGUUUAUACCGAGUAUAAGAUUACCUUUCAUGGGUGUCUUCAUGUUAAAGCACAAAUAUAUUUUGAUAUGAAAAUUCA